GUUAUCUUUUUUUCCCCUCAAACACAGUGUUUACAGUGAACAUGGGACCUUAGCUUUCGGCUAGCACGGUGUUGAUCACGUUUGCAAAAUAUCAACGAAAUAGCACUAUUAUUCGACGACGACUCACUUUCAGGACAAGCUAUGCCCAAAGUCAAAGGACUAGAAGGGAGGCCUGAAGAUGGAAAAGAACAAGAGGUGACCGAAAGUGAAAAAGAGGAUGAACUGGGACCUGAAGUGCCAGAGUUGAGACUUGUUCUACUCGGAAAGACUGGUUCUGGAAAGAGUGCCUCUGGCAAUACCAUUCUAGGCAACAGGUUCUUCCAAUCUGAGCUUAGUGCCAGCUCUGUUACCCAAGUAUGUGAGCUAGGAUGGGUGGAGAUGACUGAAAGGAGAGGAGAGGAUGGAGAUGAGAAAAGACAAGCUAAAAAACAGAGGCUGGUUGUAGUCGAUAUGCCUGGAUUUGGUGACACCCGUUUGGAUUCGGGCCAGAUCCAUGCUGAAAUUGCCAAAUGUGUUACUCUGUCCUCUCCGGGGCCCCAUGCUUUUCUUUUGGUAAUCCCCUUGGGCCGCUACACGGAAGAUGAGGGUAAAGCUGCCAGGGAAAUGGCACAGGUGUUUGGUGAAGGGGCUCUGCGGGACCACACACUGAUCCUGUUCACUCGAGGGGAUGACCUGGAGGGGGGAGACCUACAGGAAUACUUGAACAGCUCUGCUCCAGACGAGCUGAGGGCUCUGUUGGAGAAGUGUGGUGGCCGACACCAUGUCCUCAAUAACCGAGACCCCAAGAACCGUGAGCAGGUUCGGAUCCUGCUGGAGGGCGUGCAGAACAUGGUGAAUGACAAUGGAGGAGGCUGCUACACCAAUGCCAUGUUUCUGGAAGCCGAAGCAGCAAUCCAAGAGGAGCAGGACAGGCUAAUGCGAGAGCGAGGACAGGGGGAAGGUGAGGAAGCGGAGGAGAACAAGGACCCACCACCUGAGAUGGCACUGGUGAAGAGAAGGAAAAGGGAUCUGGAAGAGGGGGGACUGCCAGGACAGUUGGGUCAAGGAGGAGUGGAAAAACACCUAGGGUUCGAGAGGAGGGACCUGGAGGCCAGGCAGGAGGAGGAGGAGAGAUGGAUGGAGGAAAGGAGUGGAGACAUGAGGCUGCUGCUGCAGGACAGGGGACAGAGGUGGAGGGCCAAGAGGAGGGAGAGGGUCCUGAGCCGCAGGCAGUCCUUCUGCUCAGCGUUUAGGCAGGUCCGGAGGGAGGCCGCUCUCUCUAGCAAGGUCCUGGAGAAGGUUAAGGUCCUAGUGGCAGCAGGGGCCACGGGCAUGGCCAUGGGGGUGAUAUUUGGUGCCGCUACACCCCUAGCCAUGGCAGCUGGCGCUUCAGUUAUGGGGAGCACAGUGGGACUGGCUGCAGGGCAGCUGGCUGGGAUGUCAGCGGCUGGAGGGGCCGGGGUGGGAAAGGCUGUGGGGGCCAUAGUGGCAGCAGCCACCGGGAAAACAGCAAUGGCUCUGGGAGCAGCCACUGGUGGAGUUCUGGGAGGUUCAGUAGGAGCUCUAGCAGGAGCUGAAGCGUCAGGCCCUAAGGAGGCUGCUCUCGAAGCCCUGGGCCAGGUGAGUGUUAUUGGAGCAGGUGUAGUUGGGGUGGCAGCAGGGGUUGGGGGUGCCAUGGGGGCAGGGGCAGCACUGGGUGCUGCUAUGGGCACCAGUGCACUAGCAGGGGCUGGAAUCUCUACCGGGGCGGCAGCAGCAGUGACCAACGCCACAGUGGCACAGGGUGUGGCAGGGCAGCAGGCCGUAGCAUUAGGGGGUGGUGUGCCUGGUGCUCUGCAUGCUGUGGCAGACGCAGUGGCUCCAGCCGGGGCUGUGUGUGCAUCAGGGGCUCUUGGCACCAUGGGAGCAACGGCUCGGAUCAUGGUAGCAGUGGCAGAGAUUGGGAAGGCUGCUGCUGGCAUCGCCCUAGCCGGAGGCCUGGUGGUGAAGGUGGUGAAGGAAAGGAUCCGCAGCGGUACAGGCACCACGGAGGCCAACUACUCUGAGAAGAAGUCCUAUGAAAUUUACUGGAAUAAAUAACUGUUUGACUGACAUGCAAUGAUAACAAAAGCUGACAAGAAAUGAUAGCUCUAAAUAGAAAAGCAGUGGUGUUUACUUUCAUAAACAUUUAUAGUGCUGUGAGAACAAGUUUUGUUAUUAUUAUUUUAGUUUUGUUUAUUUGACAUUAAACAUUGUAAUACUCGUGCUAACAAUACCUCGGAUAGAAAAUAACUACGAACAAAAGUGACUGAUUUCCCUGACUGACAUUAUUGCACUUACAUUUAUUGACUGUUAAUGAAAAAUAUGUUUGGGGUAGUCCUAAUCUGUUUAUAAUGGCAAAUCACCAGAUUUUAACCUGACAGAUGAAUUGCACUUUGGCAGGGUUUUUCUAUACAUUCUCACCUUAUCUUGAGCUGUAGAGCAUUCUCAAAAUCGAUGGUUCACUACCACCAUCUACUUGUUUGUAUAAGCUGGAUAAAUCAAUUACCUGACAUUUUAUUUAUUUAUUUUGUUUGAGUGGAAUCCUGUCUAAUUUAAAUUUGCAUUUGGGAUAUGGAAAUAUUUUUGAAAUGUUUUUAUUCCACAGAAUAAGCAUUUAAAAACGGAAUCCGUUAAAUGAUUGAGCCUGACCUGUGUAGUCAGAUUGAGUUAACAGCACACAUCUAAAUUAGAUCAUCAUGUAGACAAUCAUCAUGUUUGCAGUGUUUUCCUAAAUGUGUGUGCCUUGAAUGACAUAUAUUGAUGGUUUUCUCCCACAAGCACUAAACAGGCAAAGUUUGCCCAAUAAAGGAAAACAAUAUUUUAAA